AAAAAAAAAAAAAAAAAUCAUGGCGUUUUUCAUUCUCUGUUUAGCGCCGCUGAGAUUAGAGGCAUCUCCCGGCGGAAACGGAGCUCGCGGUCGGAUGAGGAUUCAGGAUCAGUGCGGAAAGAUCAGCUGGGCCUUUAUUGUUCAAAUGUCAUGUUUUCUGUGAUUUGUGAUUCAGCACAGCCUGGAAGUGUAGCGGAAACCAUCGCCUACUGCAGAGAACCAUUGCUCAUGGGGCUGAGCCUGUCUGUCCACUGCCUUCUGUCGCUCAUUUCUCUGGUUCUAAGUGUCCUUGGUGAUCACCGUGAUCUCAGUAUCCAUCACCAUGACUACUGUGUGCUUGGGGCAGGGCCUGCAGGCCUACAGAUGGGCUACUUCCUGUCCCAGAGUCAGAGAAAUUACAUAAUACUGGAGCGCAACUCUGGACCAGGAAGUUUCUUCCAGAAGUAUCCUCGUCAUCGAAAACUCAUUAGCAUCAACAAAAUUUACACAGGGAGGCAGAAUGGUGAAUUUAACCUGCGCCAUGAUUGGAACUCCCUACUGAGUCACAGGCCAGACCUGCUGUUUCAGAGAUUCAGCCGGGACCUGUACCCUGAAGCUGAUGCCUUUCCUCGCUACCUCUCUGUGUUUGAGAAAGAACUGGGACUGCAGGUUAAAUAUAACACUGAUAUAGGGAGCAUUCGAGCUUCGCAGUUUGGAGAAAGUGGACAUAAAGGCUACAUACUGACUGAUCAGCAUGGGAUGAAUUAUAAAUGCAGAGUUCUGUUAGUGGCCACUGGGCUCUGGAUCCCCGAGGAGGUUGAGUUUGUGGGCUCUAAUUUGGUAGAAGGAUACGAGUCCAUCUCCACUGAUCCUGAGGAGUACAAAGAUCAGGCUGUGCUGAUCCUGGGAAAGGGAAACUCUGCUUUUGAAACAGCACAGAACAUUCUGGGAAGAGCCAGCCGGAUCCACUUGUAUAGCCCGAGCCCUGUACGACUAGCAUGGCAGACACACUAUGUCGGAGACCUCAGGGCAGUGAAUAAUGAGCUGUUAGACACGUACCAGCUAAAGUCUCUAGAUGGCUUAGUGGAGGGAAGACUGGAGGACAUUGCUGUUGUCCGUGGAGGAAGAAUGAAAAGGAGAGCUCAAAAAAAGACGAUAGGGAAGUCUUCAGAGAAAAAAGAGCAGCUCUAUCUUACUCUGUCGGAACUUUUGGAAAGUCGCAAUGUCAACCAGGGCACUAAUAUUACUGCAGAAAACCUGCCUGGGUACCAUGAUGACAACUUCUCUCUAAGACAGCCUUAUGACCGUGUAAUCCGCUGCCUGGGAUUCCGCUUCAACUUCACCAUCUUUAAUGUGUCUGCCCGUCCACCACGCAGCAGUGUUGCUCAUGGCCGUCUGCCGGCAGUGACAGCAUGGUAUGAGGGCAGGGGGACACCCAAUCUGUUCAUCCUAGGAACCUCAUCCCACUCCAGAGACUACAGAAUGUCCGCUGGAGGAUUUAUUCAUGGAUUCCGCUACACUGUGCGUGCUGUGCAUAAGGUCUUGGAGCAGCGUUACCAUAACAACGCUUGGCCAGCUACCAAACUGCACAUCAGUCACCUGCUGUCUUGGAUUUUGAAGAGAGUAAAUGAAGCAUCUGGGCCAUACCAGAUGUUUGGGGUUUUGGGGGACAUUGUAUUACUGCAAGGAGCUCACUGUGAGUAUCUGGAGGAGUUUCCUGUGCAGGCACUACCUCAUUUUACUGCUCUGUGUGGUCGGCGUGUCUCUGAGCACGGCCUUCUGGUCGUGAUCAUGCAGUAUGGACUGAACCACACAGACACACUUGGCCCAGGCCGUGCUGAGUCAGAGUGGACCAAAGCCUGGAAGUCUAAUUUCCUCCACCCUGUCAUCUACUACUACAGUACACUGCCUACAGAGAGAGAUAUGAGGCAGCGUCCAGUUGGAUGGCCUCUGCCACGUCCUGAUGCUGUGCAUCACAUGGUCGAAGACUUCCUGACUGAGUGGGACCAGCCCGUGUCUCACAGUCAGCCCCUGCGUCGCUUCCUCGAGCACUGCCUUCAGACAGACCUCAGGGUGUUCUAUGCAGAAUCCUGCUUCCAGCUUUCCCUCACCAGUCUCAAGCCCCCCAUCUUCUGUCGUCAAGGCUACUUAAACAAAAGAGGCAUUGUGGGUAAUAGCCACCUGUGGAAGCAUGCCCGUGAGGCAGGGCUCAUGCCAAACCAUCAUAGAUCAGUUCUUCCUGCUAAUGAUGGGUCAUUUUCUGAAUACCUGUCACAUUCUGGAGCUGCGGUGACUUCGACAAUCAACUCUGAUCUCUAAAGCGAGUAAAACAAGCCAAAGACUCAUUCUCUUAUAACAUUAUUGUGAAAUAUAUUUCAUUAUGAAAGAUCACUAUUUACCUGUACCUCUUAAUGGUCUUUGCAUAACUAAAUGCCAUAUAUUUUUCCAAAAUUGUUGCUACACUAGAAUUUGUCAGACUUUAUAUAUAUAUAUAUAUAUAUAUA